GGGGACGGGGUCGGGGUCGGGUCGGGCCUGGGCUCGGGCCUGGGGUCGGGGUCGGGGCUCCGGGAGGAGGUGACCUGCUCCAUCUGUCUGGAUGUGUUCCUGGACCCCCGGACCCUCUCCUGCGGACACAGUUUCUGUGGCGGGUGUCUGGCGCGGCACUGGGAGGGCGGUCCGGAGUACCGGUGCCCUGAGUGCCGGACCCGCUUCCCGGACAGACCGCAGCUCGGGAAGAGCAUCAGUCUGGGCCGCCUGUGUGCCGCGCUGAGGGCCGCACCCGGCCCGCGGGCCGCCUCGCUCUGCCGACUGCACGGCCGCCGCCUGGAGCUCUACUGCCGACCGGACCGCAGCCCCAUCUGUGCCGAGUGCGGUAUCCGCCAACACCGCCAUCAUCAGCUGCUCACCCUCCAGGAGACUGCGGAGCACUGCGGGAAGCUGAUCCUGAAACGACGGUGUGAAGUGGAGCAGAGGCUGAAUAUGACCCUCAGACAGAUCUCAGCGCAGAGGGACUGCAGUGCAGCCAAACAGACGUGUUCAGGAAGCGCUGAGUCGGGGCUUGUGGUGAGCCUGGCUGAGGGGGUGGGGAGCGCCAGGCGGGAGGAGACAGGAUUCGGGGAGCGGGAGGUGCGGGCGGCGCUGAGCGAGGUGACUGCAGUGACGGUCAGGCUGGAGCGCCAGAGACUGGACCUCAGCCAGGAACUGCAACAACUACAACAGCUUCUCAACACCGAGGACCAGCUGCAACUCAUCCAGGGUUACCAGGGUGUGAAGCUAACGGAGAUCUGGGACGUGAAUGAGGGACUGAACGCCGAGGCCGAGGUGAGGCGGGCGAACCCGAGCAAAGACCCUGCGGAGCUUUCCGGACACCUGUGCAAGCAACUGUCAGUGUCCUCCAGCCCCGACCCUCCCUCAGCGGACACUUCCCACACAGAUGACAUCUCAACCUCUGCACAACUGGAACAUCCAAUACAGAACCGCAGAGCCCUGCAGCAAUAUCUUGUGCAGGUGAGGUUUAACCGUGACACAGUGUCGGAGCAGCUGUGCUUGUCUGACGGAGAUCUGAUCGUGAGGAAUGUGCAUCCGCAGAUGGAGGAUCACCCGGACCAUCCCGACAGAUUCCAGGUCCACAGCCAGGCGCUAGGAACGCCAGCUCUCUCCUCGGGUCGGGCUUACUGGGAAGUGCGGCUGGUGUGGGAUGGGAAGAGGAACGUGAAGGUGGGGGUGGCCAGCGGGGACAUGAGGAGGAAAAGCCGGGGGUCAGGGAGCAUGUUGGGCAGGAACAGCCUGUCCUGGUGUCUGCACCUGUCUGAGCACAGCCUGGCCGCCUGGCACAACAACCAGGGGGUAACCCUGGGGCCGGGGCCGGGGCCGGGGCCGGGGCGGGGCAGGGACUGUAGGCUGGGGCUGCUGCUGGACUUAUCUGAGGGACGAUUGUCUUUCUAUCAGGUGACACACGACCUGUGGCAGAUACACAGCUUCCAGCUCCAACCCUGUGGACAGAUGUUUCCUGCCUUCUUCAUCGGCCGGGAAAACGCUAUCCACCUCAAGCCCUAACCGGGGACAGGGGGCAGCGCCAGCUAACGAGAGCCAAGGCCUGGGUGUGCAUUGGG